AGUAAAUGGAGGCCCAUGAAGGGCCCACCAUUCCGCUACGGUCGCGCCGAUUCCCCCAUCUUGCGUGCAGUGCAAAAUCCCACCCGCCGGCAAAACCCUCUUCCCCUUCUCUCCGCCGCCGCCAUGGCCGCCGCCGCCGCACGCUCCCGCGCCGCCGCGGCGUGGGCACGCCUCCUCUCCCUGCGUCCGCACAGCCUCGCGGAAUCCACCGCACUCCCACGCCACUGCCAUCACCUAGGCUCGCGGAUCACGCCGCCGCGCCGCCACCUGGCAUUCUCCGCCUCCUCCGGGGGCGCCAGGCCCAACCAGAACAUCCAGAGCGAGCGGGUCGUGCACGAGCUGCUCGCUCAGGUCGAGCGCGAGCGCCAGGACCGCCGCGCAAAGGACGCCAAGGACCAGGAGGAGGAAGAGCCAAAGGAGGAGGAGGAGGAGGACUACAUGGGCGUCAAGCCGCUCAUCGAGAAGCUCGAGCGACGCAAGGCCAAGGAGGCGGCCGCCGACGAAGGCUUCUGGGAGCCCACCGACUCCGACAGCGACGAGGACGACGAGCGCUACACGCCCGACGCCAUCAAGCGACGCGUCGACGAGUUCGAGCGCAAGUGCAAGCGCCAUGAGGAGUACCUGCAAUCAUUCGCAGAGGCCGACACCCUCGACGAGGCUCACAAAUGGAUGACCAAAAUCAACAAGUUCGAGGAGCGCCAUCUCAAGCUGCCACUGGAGUACAGGGUCAUCGGCGACAUGAUGAACCUUCUCAAGGACGCCACGGGGAAAGAGCGCUUCGUUCUCCUCCAGAAGCUCAACCGAGCCGUCAGGAUCAUGGAAAUCAAGGAGGCCUACGACCCCAGUAACCCUGCAAACUUUGGGCUCAUCCAGCACCAGCAGGUUGGUUCUCCAGAGGAUGUCAUGCUCAAUGCCGGCUUUGAUAAGGAGAAGCAGAUGAUCCAAGGGGCAGAACUUGAGGGUGAUGAGGAGGAAUUCAAUGAGGCAAAGGAGAGGGAUGAUAUGCUCAUAGAGAAACUCAAUGCUAUUGAAAAGAAGAUUGAGGAGAAGCUACAACUGUUGGAUCAUACCUUUGGUAAGAAAGGCAGAGUUUUGGAGGAGGAAAUCAAGGAUUUGGUGGAAGAGCGUAAUUCCCUGUCUGAGAAGAAGAGGAGACCUAUGUACAGAAAAGGUUUUGAUGUGAAAGUUAUCGACGUUAACAGGACAUGCAAAGUCACAAAGGGAGGACAAAUAGCAAAAUUCACAGCGCUAUUGGCCACUGGAAAUUAUAAUGGUGUUGUUGGCUUCGCGAAAGCUAAAGGCCCAACAGCCAAGAUUGCAAUACAGAGAGCAUAUGAGAAAUGCUUCCAGAAUCUCCACUACAUGGAGCGAUACGAGGAUCACACAAUUGCUCAUGCUAUUCAGGCCAAAUAUGAGAAAACGAAGAUAUACCUCUGGCCUGGACCAAUGAGGAGCGGAAUGUCUGCUGCUGGUAGGACUGUUGAGACUGUGCUGUACUUGGCUGGUUUCAGCAACGUCAAGACAAAGAUUAUUGGAUCAAGGAACCCACUUAACGUGAUUAAAGCUCUCUUCAUAGCUUUGAAUGCUAUUGAAACUCCAAAGGAUGUCCAACAGAAGUUUGGGCGUACUGUCGUCGAGUCAUAUUUGUUGUAACCAUCUGAUUGUUUGGAGGACUCAGAGAGUCAGAGGCGAGGGGAGCCUCUAUAGGUUUUGCCAUGAGAAGACAAAGGAGGCAAAUGGCAGGUCCAACCAACGAGAGCCCUCUUUGUUUUGGUGGUGAUGUCCACCAUUGUUGAGAGGGUGCAUGUUGAAGUGGCAAAAAUGUCAGUGUCAACAGUAAUCAGAUAAAAUAGACGGUAUUUCCCUGACUCUGUAGAACUUGAAUGAACCUGGGGACACGCAUUUGAGGGUUCUUGUAUAAAUACUCCAAGAUCAAAGUCAAAAUUGCCUUGUCUUUUUAUGACGAGGUGCCUUGUUUUUGUUACCAUAGCUUCUCCCUGCAGACUGUUGUUUGGAUGAUAAAAUCAAUUGAAUAUUUUUUUUCAUGAGUUACUGUUUAUUGUGUAUGCAGCUUCUCCCUGCAGACUGUUGUUUGGAUGAUAAAAUCAAUUGAAUAUUUUUUUUCA